CCCCUUCCUUACCGCCGCCUCUUUUCUUGGAGGGGAGUAAAAGAAAGCAAAGGGACGGAGGACAAGUAGCGAGCCUCGAGGAACUUCUCGGCUCGGCUUCUCCUCCAACCCCAUUCAUUGCCUUUCCAGUGAUUCCCACGGCCCGCAGCUAGCUCCGCCGUCGCGGUACCGGGAGGGGGGAGGGAGAUCAGACUGUGAGAUGGCCUCGCCGGAGCCAUCGGCCGCGGCCGGCCAGAGGGCAGCGGUGGAGCCGCUCCAGCUGCCAACGCCGGAGGAGAUCAAGGGGCAGGAGAUGAUGAACAACUGUGCCGUCCGGAGCGUCCUCAGUGGUGUCAUGGGGGGUGGUCUUGGUGUACUUAUGGGACUAUUUUUUGGAGCUUUGGAAAACCCAAUAAUGCAAGAGGAGAUGACAGCAAGGCAACAAAUAGUCUACCAGGCAAAACAGAUGGGUAGAAAAAGUAUGAGCCAUGCUAAGACCUUUGCAGUAAUGGGCUUGAUUUUCUCUGCAGCUGAAUGCGUCGUAGAGAAGGCUCGGGCAAAGCAUGACAUUACCAAUUCGGCAGUAGCUGGCUGUGUCACGGGAGGGGCUUUAGCUGCAAAAGGUGGCCCUCAAGCUUCAUGUAUCGGGUGCGUGGGUUUUGGUGCCUUCUCUGUGGCUAUUGAGAAGUUCAUGGAGCGAUAUAACUGAAGCGGAUUCAGCAUUGGCCGAAGAACUUUUUGGUUAUUUCGCAAUAUUCAGUCGUUGGCAUGUACUCAGAGAUGGUGUAACCUGAAUUUUACGUCUUGCGGCAAUCCAUGGCACUGAGUAGCUAUAUUAUUUCUCCAGUCUGUAGCCAGGUUGAUGCCAUGGUAUGUCGCAUACGCAUUUUCACUGAUGCGAUCUCGUACAAUGUGAGCCGGGCUAGCUGCAUUUCUAUUCUAAUUCCCACCUAGCAGGGGUGUUUCUUA